GCUUCGGGACCGUGCGCCUCGACGGAGGAAACAUUAUGGGAAUACGCGGAAUAUACGCGCGCUAGAUGCGUCUACUUCACCAAGCCUCCGCGCCGGCACCGUUAUUUCUGGGAAACAACAAUAAUCGUCUGUCCGGUUAUUUCUAUUCUUAUUGCCAAUUGCGAGCUUGAGUUUAUAAUCACACAAAAAUGGGAUGCGCAAUAUCAGGGCUGGGUUUGGCACCCAGGCAAACGACAGAGCCGAAGAGUGAAGAGGAUGCUGUUGCGCAUCUUACUGGGGACCAGAUCGACAUGAUCAAAGAUUCUUGGAAAGUUAUUCAGGAAGAUAUAGCGAAAGUUGGAAUUAUCAUGUUUGUCAGGCUGUUUGAAACUCACCCUGAGUGCAAGGAUGUGUUCUUCCUGUUCCGCGAUGUGGAGGACCUGGAGAGGUUACGCACAAGCAGGGAGCUCCGGGCCCAUGGCCUAAGAGUAAUGUCCUUUAUUGAGAAGACCGUGGCUAGACUAGACCAGCUAGAGAGGCUUGAACAUCUUGCACUGGAACUGGGCAAGAGUCACUAUCGCUACAACGCGCCUCCCAAGUACUAUGGGUAUGUUGGGGCAGAGUUCAUCUGUGCUGUCCAGCCAAUCCUAAAAGACCAAUGGACCCCAGAACUAGAAGAAGCAUGGAAGAGUCUGUUCCAGUAUGUCACUGGGAUCAUGAAGCGAGGCUACCAGGAGGAGGAACGGACCAGACGCCAUCAUGUGGUCGUGUCCGCCAAGGAGCGGCCGGACAAGAAGAACACAGCCCUUUGAAGCUCCUCAGCUCCAGAGACUGUUUUAAACCCCAGCAAGGAGACACGUCACAUGUGGCUUAUAGAUGUGUAUAUACUGUAUUUAUUAUUUGACUUUUUUGGCUAUUUCUUUCUUACUUUACAUUUUUCACAUGAACCAAAACACAAAUCCGUCCCUCUUGGACCCUGAAUUGUUAGUUGACCAUGUGUGGCUUCAUCAUAUUAAGACCUUGCAUUAAGGGCAAUUCAUAUUCCUAAGCCUUACUGUAAAAAAAAAAAAAAAAAAAAAAGUUUAGGCCACUGAAAUUUUUCAGUUUUGUCCAAAUUGAAUUGUUAGGACUACAGAUGAGUUGCAUUGCUUAUUCAAACAAAACCAUAUCUGACAAAUGCAUAUUGCUGUGAUAUAAGAUACGAAUAAUGCUGAAUCCUCUGUCUAGA